UUCCACACACAAUAUGGCGGCUCAGUCAACGUACAAUUUUUCGCUGAAGAAGGUAUCUAUGAAGAUUUGUCGUAUCCGAGUUUGACAAGGUUCACUUGAUGUCUGGUGUAUAUUCCUAGAACCAGCUCAUACCAGAGCUGUGCAGAGUUCCGAGGUCAUAGCAUGUGGAGAAACCAAGUCAAUUCGUUUCUACGGCGAGCCAAAAGACUUGUAAAAGCAAGAAUCCGUGGAACAUGCAGCAGAAGCGAGAAGAAGUGGUUCUUGCCCACGGGAUAUGACACUGGGUUAAAGACUUUCAACAGCCUCAGUAAACAGAAAGAGCCGCUGAUUCUGUCUCGAGAGGGAGUAGCCACUUGGUAUAGCUGUGGGCCUACUGUAUACGACCACGCCCAUUUAGGCCAUGCAUGUUCAUACGUCAGGUUUGAUGUGCUGCAGAGAAUCUUGUCCAGGUUGUUUGGUAUCACGAUCAUUCACGCCAUGGUCAUCACAGACAUCGAUGAUAAAAUCAUCCAAAGAGGUUGGCAGGAAAACGUCUCAUCCACCAUUAUAGCCAGAAUGUAUGAAGAGGAAUUUAAGAAGGAUAUGAGGUCAUUAAAGGUGAUUCCUCCUGCAGUGUAUUUAAGAGUCACCGAAAACGUGCCGCAAAUUGUGGCCUUCAUUCAAAGGAUUAUUGAGAACGGAAAUGCCUAUGCCACAAAAGAAGGUGAUGUUUAUUUUGAUAUUCAGUCCAUUGGGGAUCGAUACGGCAAGUUUGGGGGAGGUGGAGAGUCUCAGGAAAGAGCAGGUAGCGCCAGCAAAAAAGAUGUGAGGGAUUUUGCUCUAUGGAAGCGAUCAAAAGCACAAGAACCCCAUUGGGAGUCUCCUUGGGGCCCAGGAAGACCAGGCUGGCAUAUCGAGUGUUCCACCAUGGCAAGCUCGGUGUUUGGCAGUCAGGUGGAUAUCCACUCGGGUGGCGUGGACCUGGCCUUCCCUCACCACGAGAACGAGGUGGCGCAGAGUGAAGCCUAUCAUCGGUGUGACCAAUGGGCCAAUUACUUCCUGCACUCAGGACAUUUACACCUCAAAGGCAGCGCAGAGAAAAUGUCCAAAUCUUUGAAGAACUACAUCACUAUUAAGGACUUCCUGCAGUCUCACUCCGCCGAUGAGUUCCGUAUGUUUUGCCUCUUGACCAAAUACAGAUCAGCUAUAGACUACAGCGACAGCAGCAUGUCGGACGCUCGGGUCGCCCUGGCAAGUGUCUCGACCUUCUAUAACGACGCUCAGGCCUACAUAAAGGGUCAGCUGCAGUGUUUGCCGGUGCAAGACGCAUUACUCUGGGAGAGGUUGGCUCGGACCAAAGCGACUGUGAUGACAGCACUUGCUGAUGACUUUGACACCCCGAGAGCCAUGAAUGCCAUCAUGGACUUGGUUUACCAGGCAAACUGUCAGCUGCAGCCCGUUUCCACGGCUGCAGGAGCAACUAGAAGUCCGGCUGUGUUUGGAGCCAUGACAGCCUACAUAAGAGACAUAUUGGAGAUGUUUGGUAUUGACCCGUUGCAUAACAAGGAGGCGGAGGCAACGAGCCAGUCGGGAAGCUUCAGGGCUGUUGUCGAACAGCUGACUCAAUUCCGAAGUGAAGUCAGAGCAUUCGCUCUCACCCGUCAGUCAACCACUCCUGGGAAGCUCCAAGAAGCACUUUAUCCAGACAGAAUCCCACUUCUUAAAGCAAGUGAUGAACUGAGGAAGAAUCUGGCACCUCUUGGCGUGCUUAUAAAAGAUCGAGGAGCCGCCUCUACCUGGGAGCUAACAAAAAGGGCAUCCGAUAUCGCCGACAGCACUGAGAAAACAGUUCAUGAAUGAAUUCAAAUGAUUAAAGAAAUAAAUCUUUUUAAUAACUGUCA